AAUAAUAUACUUACUUAACAGCACCACCACCACUCUUUCAUGUCUCCUGCCAGUUUUCAUUUUUUUUUCUUAAAUAUCAUUCCUACCUUGAACAAAGAAGCAUUUUGUCUCUUUUCUUUUUCUUCUUUCUUCUUUCUUCUUUCAUCUUUAUCUUCAUUUUCAAUCAUUUCUGGUUAUUUUCUGCUUAAGGCAAUUCUUUCGUUAACCAAAUGUUCUUUGUUCUUUUCUAACACCACCGUCGAAGUGUCUCCGAAUUGAGCAUGGCUACAAGAUUCAAAGGGAUUUAUCAGAAGAGCUUCAAGUGUUUCUCCGACGUUUUCGAUGAGAAAGAGGAUGAGAUGGAAAUUGGACAUCCUACAGAUGUUCGACACGUCUCGCAUAUCGGUUGGGAUAGUUCACCAAGUAGUGCACCGAGUUGGCUACAUGAAUUCAAGACGAGCAACAACGUGUUAGAGCCAAAUUCAUCAUGGCCGUUUCAAGAGUUAAAAUUAACCAUGGAAGCAUUUGGAGAAGUUGAGAGCAGCAAAGAAUUGGAAAGAGAAUCAACACAACAAAACCUGAAGAAGAAGUUCUGUUCAAAAGCCUAUCUAUUGUGUAAUCCAUGGUCACCAAGAUUCUCAAGAUCACGCAAGUUCCUUGCGUAAAUAUUUUCAUUUUAAUUUUCCAUACCAUUGUUUAUAAAAUAAUAUAGAUAAUAUAGUGAGAUAUAUCAAUCUUUAAUAUGUUCCGUUUGAGAUAUGUCAGAAGUGUGAACAAAUUAAUAUUCAAACUGUAUUUGCAAUGAUCUUGGAAUCGUUUUACCAAGUGCCUUUUUAGUAAAUUGAGGUUUGGUAUUUUUAUU